UCACAUUCUAAAUAUAGGAAACAUUCCGUUGAUAUAACUAUCCAAACAUGGAUGGUCUAGCCAGCUUGUCCUGAUUUUUACCUGGCCGAGUGAAGGUGUAAACAUAACCUAUUGAUUUACAAUGGACACCAGGUACCGGUGUUGGAUGGGGGAUCUGCCUCCUCCCCUAACUCAAAUACCGCUUUCCUGUCUGGCCAUCCCAGGGAGCCACGAUUCGGGAGCCUAUGGACUUGACAAGUCAGCCGGGGUGUCCGUAGACGAACCGAAAUCGAUCAGUGUCCUGGGGUCACUCUGUUGUGGGGCUGGACUCUCGCUCAUCAGUCGAUGGUCAGUUACGCAAGAUAUUUCACUCCUACAACAGCUUGAGGCUGGCGUCCGUUACCUUGACCUUCGUGUGUGCGUCAAACCGGAAACAGCUGACGCCCAUUUUCUACACGGACUGUAUGGCUCGAAGGUAAUGACUGCUUUAAAGGAGGUCAAAGAAUUCUUGAACAAAAAUCCGAAAGAAGUCGUAUUAUUGGAUUUUAAUCAUUUCCACAAUAUGGAUGCUAUUUGCCAUAAGCAAUUGUUGACAGAUCUUAAACGUUUAUUUGGAACUUUACUUGUGCCUGUCAAUGUCAAUUUGUCACCUUGGCAGAUGACAUUGGAAAAUAUUUGGAAGACACCGAUGCGCGUCAUCAUCUUUUAUAGCGACAAAUCAAGUGCAAAUAUGAACGAAUUUUGGCCAAGUUUUGCCAUUCCAUCCCCGUGGCCGAACACUAGUGACCCCCGUGUUUUAAUAGAGUUCCUAGAGAGGAAUUACAACGGAAAUCACCGUGACAACAAUGGGGGUUUUUACAUAUGGCAAGGGGUCCUCACCCCCGGAACAGGAACCAUAUUGUCCCAUCUGUGUGGGAGUCUAAAGGACAGUGUUGCUCCCCGGGCAUCACGAGCCUUCUUAGAGUGGUUGGCGAAUAAGAAGCCCGGCCCCCAGGGCAUAAACAUCUGUCUCGGGGACUUUGUUCAUCUUCAUGACUUCAUCCCGUCCGUCUUGAGAUUGAACAACAAACUAUCACAUCGGAAAUAAGUGGACAUGUGUGAAUGUCACAGAGAGUGUCCCUGUGUGAAAUAUACAAAUGUGUAUCUCCUAUGAAUGACCUAUAUAUACUAUAAAUCGUAUUUUAUUCUACAUAUUGAAUUGCAUGCAUGACAAAACAGAUGAGUACAAAGAAACGGAAAGAUAGAAACUGUAUCGGCGGUGGUGUAAUGGUCUAUAUAGCCGAAGAUAUUCAUUUCCGACGUCCCUAAGAUCUAGAAUUUAAUGGGAAAUAAUACAGGGUUGGAUUAAUAUAGGGUGAAUUAAUAUGGUGGGCAAUUGAUAUUGGGGUGAAUUGAUAUGUGGUGAAUUAAUAUGGGUCGAAUUGAUAUUGGGGUGAAUUGAUUUGUGAUGAAUUAAUAUGGGUUGAAAUAAAUUGUACUGAUUACUCCUGUCUUAUAUGCACAAUAUACCGUCCUAAAGGAUCCAAUUUUGGGACAAUUUCCAAACCUCUAUAGAAAUAGCUAUUAACUAUUGUUGUAAUAUGAUCAUACUUGGCGAUAUCAAUAUUGAUCUCUUAAAAGUUAGAAAUCUUUGACAAAAUGAUUUUGUUCUUCUUUUUAAUUUUACUAAUGUUAUAAACGAGCCUACCCGUAUAACUGUAAACACGUUAAUGACCCAUUUUUUGUAAGCGACACUGUUCACGUAUUGGAAUCUUCUGUUAUACCUGAUGACGGAAGUGACCACUGUGCUACUCAUAUUGCUAUUAAAUUACCACAUAAAAGUGCGAAUUCAUAAAAACGCGAUUUGUGGGUAUAUAAAGAUGCUCAUUUUGACCAGUUUGAUGAUUUGAUUAGGAAUUUUUCAUGGAGGGAAGAUUUUGAAAUUUGUGAUGUAGAUGAAGCUUGUGAUAUAUUUAAUUCAUCCUUUCUCGAGUCUGUUAGUCGUUGCAUACCAAUAAAAAACAAUAACUAUUUGAAAGAAUGAUAAACCUAGGUUCAAUUCAGAAUUGCGAAGGGAAAUUAAAAAAAGGGAUAGAAUACACAAACAAGUUCGUAGACUUAAUCGUCCAAACGGACAUCCUGAAAUUAAACCACCAAAGAAACAAAGUAAAUAACACGAAAAAGUAUGUAAAAACAUCAUUCUUUCAAAAUAUUAAUGGUAGCAUUGGUAAUUCUUCAGUGAAUGACUCUAAAUUGGAAGCUUAUGCAUCGACUCAUUGGUAAAACAGCUAAAUCUGAAUUAAUUCCCUCAUUAUAUGAUAGUGACACAGGUAAGUUAGUUUAUGCUAAUAAAGAUUUACUCAACAAGGUUUUUUUUUAUAUUCUAUUGCUAAUAAUGUUGAUGAGUCUACUAAAAUUCCAAUCCUUUAUACAGACAUCAGUCCGGUUUUGUUUCGGGUCAUUCAACUGUUACACAAUAUAUCAUAACAUUUGUUUAUCUCUACAAAACAAACAACAAACCUGUAUGGUAUGUUUUGACAUUUAAAAAGCUUUUUUCAUAGAGUUUGGCAUGGCGGUUUAAUGAUGAAAGUUAAAGCAUAUGGUUUUAAAGGCAUAUUUUUAAUUGGUUGAAAGAUUACCUAAGUGGUAGAAAUCAAAUUGUACAGGAUACAUCAUCGCUAGCAUAUUCUUCAAUAACAGUGCAGAUAUUGAAAAUUACAUGAACCAUGAUUAAGCCGUUUUUGAGUUUUGGUCGAAGAAAUGGAAUGAACAUUAUUUUAAUCCGAAUAAAACAGACGUAGUUAUUUUUAAUGGUUCUCUAGAACAACUUGAUAUUCGGUUUGAUUUUUGACAAUACCACAGUGACAAAGAGUGUUAUACAUCAAUACUUAGGGGUAACUUUAAACAAAAAUGGAAAAUAGGAAACAUAUAUCUAAUAUUGUCAGAUCAGCCUCUAAGCAUUUGUCUGUGUUACGAAAAUCGAAAUUUACUGUUAAAAAGAAAUUUUAUAUUGUAUAUAUUUAUAUAUAUAUAUAUAUAUAUUCUAUAUAUUGUAUUCAUUAGACCUAUUUAAGGACAUGCUAGUAAUGUAUGGAAUGGCUAUACCGUGGUAGAUAUGGAUAAGAUAAAUAGUAAUAGGUUUGUCUUUAUUUGUUAGCAGACAGGCCUUGUAUGAUGAAACUUGUUGGAAAAACUUUAAGCCAGACGAAAACGGUAAAAGUCGUAUUGUUGUACAAAAUGCAUAAUAAGCUAGCACCUUCUUACUUAUGACAAUAGUAGAUAUGAUUUAGAAUAGUAAAGAGUAUGUGUUA